AGGAGCCUCUCUGCGGUGCGUCGGUCCGGUCAGCCCACUCACAAACAUGACAGCGAGGAAGUCCGGCUCGCGACUGGAGACCGAGAUAGAGCGGUGCCGCUCAGAGAGCCAGUGGGACAAGAUACCGGAGCUGGUGAGACAGCUGUCCGCCAAACUCAUCUCCAACGAUGACCUAGGUGAGUUGUUGCUGGGGGAAUGCAAGCUUCAGACAUACCUGAAGGAGAACCCCAUCAAACAGGGAGCCAGUCCCCGGGGCCAACGACCUAAACUGGUGGAGGUCAGGAAACACCUCACUGCUGCUCUGGACAGAGGAAACCUUAAGCCGGAUUACCUCCAGGAAGUCAGUGUGCUGAUGGCCAAACUGUGCUACGUGGAGGGAGAAUACAGAGAUGCGUUAGGUCACUACAGCAGGGUGAACCUUGAUGACAUGCAGCUGGGGGGAGCUCCUGUGUACAGGCUGUCCAUGAUAGCGGAGGCAUACGCUACUAAAGGUCUCUGCUUAGAGAAGGUCCCAGCCUCCUCUCCGUCUCUAUCCAAUAAGAACACUGGGUCGCCCUCGUCCAAUAGGAGCACAACAGACCGGGAUCAGGAAAUCAUCACCUGCUAUGAAAAGUCUGGAGACAUUGCUCUGCUCUACCUGCAGGAGGCUGAGAAGGCACUAUCAGCAGGAAUUCAGAACCGCAGCCCAAAGCCCGGCCCAACUGCCCAAGACCUGGAACUGGGCUACUUCCUGGAGACAGGCCUUCAGAGAGCCCACGUCAUCCACUUCAAGAACGGCAACCUGACACAAGGCGUGGGCCGGUUUCGGGAGAUUCUUCGGGCUGUUGAGAACAGAACCACCCAGAGCCUCCGCAUGACCAUAGCCAGACAGCUUGCAGAGAUCUUGCUCAGAGGAAUGUGCGAACAGAGUUACUGGUCUCCUCUGGAAGACCCACCCACUGUGUCGCCAUUGGACGAUCCCACACGGCAGGGACACACUCACACCAAGAACUACAGCCUAAGCCGACGCCCACGCGUGUACUCGGGAGAGAAUCUGUUUUGCCCUCAGGAGAACACAGAGGAAGCCUUGCUGCUGCUGCUCAUCAGUGAGUCCAUGGCUAACCGUGACGCUGUCCUGAGCAGAAUCCCUGAACACAACAAUGAUCGCAUCAUCAGCCUGCAGUCUGCGUCAGUGGUGUACGACCUGCUGACUAUAGCGCUGGGCAGGAGAGGGCAGUAUGAGAUGCUGUCGGAGUGUUUGGAGAGAGCCAUGAAGUUUGCCUUUGAGGAGUUCCACUUGUGGUACCAGCUCGCCCUGUCGCUUAUGGCAGCUGGGAAAUCAGCUCGUGCCGUUAAAGUCCUCAAGGAGUGUAUUCGUCUGAAGCCUGACGACCCCACCAUCCCACUGCUGGCUGUCAAGCUGUGUAUCGGACCUCUGCACUGGUUGGAUGAGGGGGAGUGCUUUGGAAAGAUGGUGAUUGACAUGGGGGAGAAAGCAGCUGAGUUCAGAGCCAAAGGCUUCUUGGCCAUCGGGCUGGUUUACAGCCUCAAAGCCACUGACGCAUCAUUGCGAAGCACACAGGAGGAGUACCAGAGGAAAGCUUUGGGAUCCUUCCAGAGAGCCCAGAGUCUGUCUCCUACUGACCAUCUAGCAGCCUUCUACUUGGCACUGCAGCUUGCUGUGUCCAGACAGAUCCCCGAGGCACUAGGCUAUGUACGACAAGCAUUGCAGCUCCAGGGGGAUGAUGUCCACUCCCUUCAUCUGCUAGCCCUGCUGCUCUCUGCUCAGAAACACUACCAUGACGCUCUCAAUAUUAUCGAGAUGGCUCUGUCCGAGUACCCAGAGAACUUCAAUCUGCUGUAUACAAAGGUGAAGUUGGAGUCGAUGUGCAGAGGGCCAGAGGAAGCUCUGCUCACCUGUAAACACAUGCUGCAGAUCUGGAAGAGCUUUUACAACCUUACCAACCCCAGUGAUUCUGGGCGUGGCAGCAGUCUGUUGGACAGAGCCAUAGCAGACAGACGACAGCUCAACGCCAUGACACUGCCUGACUUCAGUGACCCAGAGACCGGCUCAGUUCAUGCUACCUCUAUAGCAGCCAGUCGUGUAGAGCAGGCUCUGUCUGAGGUAGCCUCCUCUCUGCAGAGCAGUGCCCCCAAACACGGACCCAUGCACCCUUGGAUGACCCUGGCUCAGAUAUGGCUGCAUGCAGCCGAGGUGUACACCGGCAUGUCGAAGCCAGCAGAGGCCUCGGCCUGCACGCAGGAAGCCUCCAACCUCUUCCCCACAUCCCAUAAUGUGCUGUACAUGAGGGGGCAGAUCGCUGAACUUAGGGGCAACAUAGAGGAGGCCAAACGCUGGUAUGAAGAGGCCCUGUCCAUCAACCCGACACAUGUCAAGACCAUGCAGAGACUGGGUCUGAUUCUUCACCAGCUGCAGCGCUACAGUCUAUCAGAAAAAGUCCUGAGGGAUGCUGUGCAGGUCAACAGUACGGCUCAUGAUGUGUGGAACAGCCUCGGUGAGGUGUUGCAGGCUCAGGGAAAUGCUGCCGCUGCCACCGAGUGUUUCCUCACUGCCUUGGAGCUGGAGGCCAGCAGCCCCAUCCUGCCCUUCACCAUCAUACCCAGAGCACUAUGAGACACACAUCUCCACAAUGAUCGCCUCAGUACUGUUACACAGUGGCACAAAUGAUGGACCUGCAAGCUGCAAACACCCAUAGACACACAGUAUGCCUGCAUGCCAGUAACACACACCCGCACAAGGGUUUACUGCCGUACCCUUACUGUAAAUACACACACACACACACACACACACACACACACACACACACACACACACACUGUAUAGAAAUGCAAAUAGUACACAAAAACAUAUACACGCUUCCCCUCUGUCCACCCACCCUUCCCACAAUGCCUGGCUGUGGCUGUGACCCAUGACUGUGUGUGUUUCUGUGUAUGUGUGCUUGAGUGUGAGUGUGGAUGAGGGCAUACGUAGCUUGUGUGUGUGUGUGCCAACCCGCACUUUCUGUGUGUCUGUUUGUGUCCAUGCAUGUACACCCAUGUUUGUGUAUGUGUGGCAACGUGUUGCCCGUGCAUUUUUCUCUCUGGCUGUAUGUGAUUUGUUGUACGCUGUGUGUGUUUUGGUUAUUUCCUUUUCAAAGACGUAAAUAACAUUAAAAGAGUUGAGUUCCUACUCUUGCGUUGCUAGUAUUCAGAAGGCUAAGAGUUUACAUGUUGUUUACCUGUUAUUUAGUGCAUUAGUGUUUCCUUUACGAGCCAAAUAUUACCGAUAAUCUCAACACACACACGUUCACUCGGUGUUCAUACGGAGAGGAUCACGGCCACUGUAUGGCUGGCUCAGGACAGCCAGAUUUUGUGAAUCUCCCGGUGCAUUGACAGACAUGAUAAACAGAUCACUGAGGAGUCAAUCAAUUAGUAAAGUCUAAAUGCCAAAACACAGGCUGCAUUUACACACACAGGAGAUCAGAUUUGGAACAGCUGAUGUUCAAAGGACGGUUGUUCUUUUUUUUUUUCUACAUUUUUUUUAUUAAAGCAAAUUUUAUCUAAUGUGCAAAGCCUUUACAUGCUCUUUUUUUGUUCAAAUAUAUUUUCAUGACAUUCUAUGAUUUUACAAAUGUUCCUAAUAUUGCUCUAUUAUUCAAUUUCCCCAAUGACAGCUUUGAAACUAAAUAGAUAGUUAAACAUUUUGGAAAAUGGGCUUUUUUCUUUUCUUGCUUGAGAGUUAGAUGAGAAGAUUAAUACCACUUUCAUGUAUUAGAGAGUGGUAUCAAUAUUUCCAUCUAACUCUUAACAAGAAGUCGAAUGAGCAAAUUUCUGGAAAUACCAAACCAUUGCUGUAAAAUAAAUCUUUAUAUGAAUAAUUAUACAGUUAAUGCUUCUGGUCUGUUGGGGAAGGCUGAUUUUUCUUUUUUAGCAUGAGCAGCUGUAGUCACAAUAGAUGAACACAUAAGAGUGUCAAACUCAAACAGAAACGAGAUCAUUUUGCAGGUAACCAGCUAAAUGUCAUACACAUUUGAAAAAUUAGAGCACCAAUGUGCCAUUUAACAAAUUCUAAGUAAUAAUGGGAGGAAUCUGUUACACACAUGUUCUCAGAAAUCUGAAUUAAUGUUGUGUGUAAAUGCAACCAGUGAUUGUGUUGUCUCUGUGUCCUGUCACGGUCAUGUUAAAUACAAAUAGAUGAAUAUACUUUUUUUCAUUCAAUUAUAAAUACAAAGGAUUGUUGUUGUAUAUUUGAUUGUUCCAAGUGUAUUGUUAUUGCUAUGGUUUUAGAAAGUAAAUUAUAAUUCUAUUUUCUGGAGAGUGAUGUAACUGAGAGGCAGUUGGACGAAUAUAAGGAUGAAUUUAUUUAGUUUGUUAAUGUGAGCUCAGUCAGUGAGUCCUUUGUGCAGUAAAUGAAUGACUGAAAUGAGGAUGAUUACAAUGACAAAGAUAAUAAAAGUGGUUAAAAACA